CUGUCUGUCUGUUAAUUAUCAUUAACUAUUUGUUUACAACAGUUGAAUUCUAGACGAAUCUUCACGUGGCUCUCUUUUACUGCAUAUUUUGAGGUAACGUUACUGUUGAAACCACAAGCCGUCACAUCUGAGUUAAUAAUGUUGCGUCGUAUUUGCAUCGCGACGCUAUUUUUUGGCGUCGAGCUGUGACAUCACACAGCUGCAUGGUCUUUUAGCCAAUCACACGCAGGUAAACAGCGCCUAGUUUCGCAUAGUUUGAGCAGCAGCCCUCGCUGUCUUAACUUUGCAGCAGAGGGCCGGUGGCAGCAGUUGUCAUGGAGAUAACCGCAGGCCCGGCGUCGGCGCGCGGGGUUGUUUCCAUGGAGAUCCCGUCGCGAGGUGCUCUGGCAGCGGUGGAGGAGGACGAGGACCCCGGGCAGACGAGCACCGAAGAGCGGCUCCAGUCGACCUCCCGCCAGGGAAACUUCUACAUGCUCAUCGUGAUCGGAGAGAUCGCGACAGAGAACCAGCUGCACACCGCCAGACAGCACAUAGAGCGCGGUAUUCGUUCCUGGGACAUCAAUGUGUCAGAAUGUGACCUGGACCAACAACUACAGCUUUUCAUAACCAGACAUUCCGCCCAGUUCUCAGCCGAGGUCAGAGGUCAAAGGACUCUGCACCACAAAAGUGAUGUUCUUGAAACGGUUGUAUUAGUGAACCCAUCAGAAGAUACUGUUAUCUCUGAGAUCCAUUGUCUUGUAUCUGACCCAGCUGUGCACAAGCUGCUAGUACUGAGUGGGCAGAGUUCUGACCAAGGUGACUGGUUCUUCAAAACUGGAGUGUUCAGUCAUCAAACCUUUUCACGUGGUGUUUGCUGAUCCUGGAGUCAGUAAUUUGCUGGUUAAAUCCAGCUCUGGACAGCGGGCAUCAUUGACUGUGUCUUGCCGUGGUGAGGCAGGCUGGAGUUCUCUGGGGCAACAGCAACGCAUUAGGGAGUUGCUGAAUUAUAGGCUGAAUCCAGAGCCCAU